CCCGCUUCAACGAGGACAGGGACUUCCAGGGCAACCACUUCGACCAGUAUGAAGAAGGGCACCUGGAGAUAGAGCAGGCGUCCCUGGACAAGCCCAUCGAAUCGCAGUUGGUCCAUAGUAGCUAAGCAGCCCCGAUCUGGUUUGUAUUGCACGGUCUGCCUUUUUUAAUUUCUUCUCUAGGGUUUCCUUUCCCUUUUCUUAUUUCUGUUCUUCUGGUCCAGUGAACACUGCAUAUAGUACCUCCUGUCUUCUGUGCUGGCAUGAUGCUAGAUCCAGGCAUGGCAGUAAUCGAUGACGCAUGAGAUAAUGCUGCAGAGAUGGGGUUUGUAUUCAGCGUUGUCCUGAAUACCUCAGUCGCGCUGUGUGGCGCGGGGCUGCGAUGGAAGUGCUGACAGAUCCAGGAAGCACUCAGGCGCGUUGCUGCACGCAGUGCUGAUGGCGGCCUGGUGUCAGGAGGUGCCCGGCUCUGAGCUCCGUCCCCAGCUGGGGGCUCUUGGGGUCCCAGCGCGUCCGCAGGAGCUGCACGUGGACGGCGGCGCCUGGUGCGUGCUGGGCUUCUGCAGGCACAGCCUGUGGUCGCAGGGGUUUGCUCAGCGAGGAGCCGCGGCAGAAGGCUGCGAAUGAAAUGGCAGCUUUAGCAUUUAAUUCAGCUCUGCUCAGCGUGGGGCUGCUGAGGUCCCUUCCAACCCCAGCAAUCCCAGGGUUUGGCUCCGUGCUGCCAUCCGAUGGGGGCGGCGAUUUGCAGCUCAGGGUCGGUUUAACACCUCGCUUUGGCCUCGUGGUUGAGCUGCGCUCCACCUGAGGGCUGUCGGCUGGGCGGCCGUCGCCUUGCACUGCUGUGCUGAGCCUUCGUGGCUCUGCCCUCGGCCUCGUGGGCAGGCCUGGCUCUGCGGGCUGCCCUCACUCAGCACAGCCUCCAUCUCCACGUCGUCUUCAUUCAGAACGCUGUUGGUUCUCGGAAGACGACCUGCAGGUGGAAAGCAAGAAUAAUGCGUCAGGUUUCCCGCUGCCAGUGAAAAUGUUUCCCGCCCUCUUAAUGACCCACGGGCUGAAGUUAGCAAGUUCCCAGGGGGGUUCCCUGCAGCUCUGCUGUUCUGGCAGGAAGGCUGCUGGCACCUCGUGCUGCCGGCCCAGCAAACACAGAGCGUAGCCAAACUGCCAUGGGGAAUCCAUCUCUGCAGCAUUAUCUGGUGAGAGGCGCUGACCGUACUGCUACAGCAUGCAACUCGGAGGUGGCUGGAAACAAAGGUCUGGGAGUCUACAGAUCGUUACAAUGCUGACACGUGUCCUCAAUUCGCACGCCGGCGUUUGGCUCCGUGCAGCCCUGCCUUCUUUGGGCCACGGCCACGCGCGGCUCCAAGCACAGCACAACAUGGCAGCAGGGCCGGCCCGGGCCCGGAGAUGUGCGCAGCCUCAGCCAGAAGCGAUUUUCCAUUCUGAAAUUGAAAGUAUUUCCCAUCAAUGGACUCCUCAUAGCUCCGAGAGCGAUAUUUUCGCUUCUCCCGCGAGUGACGGCGCCUUUGUGCUGCUCUGAAAGGUGCUGCACACACGCUGGCGGCGUCGGCUCAGCCACUGCUGCUCAUCCUGAGCCGCGGAGCCCUCGUGCAGCAUCUCAGCUCGCAGAGGGCUGUGCUGCUUGUGAGCACUCAGCGUGCGCUCAGCUCAGCAGCGGCAACGCGUGGCUCCUCUCCUAGGGCCCGUCCUCCCCACACUGCGCUCCUCGACCCCAGUCCCGUGGCUGUGAGUCCUCGGCUCUCGUCCCCACACAGAGGCGGCACGGCGCCGAGGCGAGUGGUGCUCAGCAGCACGCUGCUCCCUGCCCUCGGCACAGAGCCGUGCUGCCGGCCCGCUGCCUUUGGUCGCACCACCUGUACAGAUCUGUGGACUCCACUGGUUCCAAAGUGUAACUGGGAGAGGCUGCUGGUUUGACAUUUAGCAGCAGCCACGUGUGGACAGCGCUAUAAAUAACGUGCUUCUUGAAGCUGAAUGGUGUAGCAUUACUAUUUGGCUUUUCUCUCUGGUCUUCAUUGUGUCAUCUGUAGUGAGCUCUAGGUUUUGUUUUGGGACUCUUUUCAACCUCUCGUUUGCAUGGGUUCACCCCGUAGCAUCCAAUCCUCGCUUCUGGUCCCGCAUACACAGUCAGCACAGCUUACAGCCCACUCAAGAGACUCACGGCUCCCGGUGCUGCCCACAGAGGAGCAGAGCGCUGCAGCCCUGGGAUCCCAUGGGAGCCCUGCACGGGGCACAGCCGGUUCUGGUUCGGCCUCCAUGCAGCCCCACUGCACAUUGCAGAGCCCCCUAUUGCCGCAGGGCCUCUCCCGCCCCCAGCAGCACCAAACCCCUCCAGUUCUCACGCAGAUCUUUGUGCCUUUCCCCGCUCGCUCUGGAGCAGGCUGCAGGCCGUGCUGUCACACACGGUCGCAGUGCUGGCUUCCAGCUGGCUUAGCAGCCGGGCCGGGCACAGGGCACACAGCCCUGCGUUUCCGCCUCGCAAAGCUCUCAUCUGCAUGUAGAGACAUAGGAGCAAAGGCCCCCGGCCCUCCUCGCCCGCCCAGCCUCCCAUUCCUGCUGCAUCCGCGGUGCAGGCAGCCCCAGAGCAGCAGUGUGAGCACGUGGGGCCCGGCGGCAGGCAGUCGUGUGUCCUGAGAGGGCGCCGACCGGCUGAAGGUCGCAGCUCAGUGGCAGCAGGGCUGGGUGUGAGAGGGGCGCCGUGCCCAGAGCUGCGUGCUGAGCGUGUUGGGGCGGCCGUCCUCUUGAGUGGCGCUGUAAGAGUGGCGCUGUGUGUAUAGCCUGUAAGUGGGUCUGUUCUCCCCUUAACAUUCGUCCCCCCUCACUGUGUCAGUCACAACGCACCGCUCUUGAAUCUCCCAGCUGGUCUUGACUUGUUGAAUUUAUUUUAUGCUUUCACUCUUCUUUAGUAAGUACAUUACUUGCAAGCAGUGAAUUGAAAACAAAGCAAAAGAAAAACGACCAUUAGUGAUUGGACAGUUUCUUACUUUGUGUUACAUUUAACUGUUCUUUUGACAGCCCAGUUUUUAAAGCCAGGAUAAUAUCGGACACCGCUUACUGCAGAAGCAUGGCUGGAAGCUGGGCCAGGGCUUGGGCAAGUCGCUGCAGGGUAAGUGCUGCCGUGAGCUCCCACAGAACCUCUGCUCUCCGUUCCUACGUGGGUCGUUGCCGCCGCCGCCGUGUGCAGGCAGAGGCACUGCUGGGUUUCUGUGGGGAGGCGCUGCGGGUCGGACGUGGUGCUGCACUGACUGCACGCAGCGCUGCAGCCGGGGGGCUGAGCUCCACGGCUCCCGAGCGUGUGGGGCGGUGUGGGGCCGCAUGGGGCCACGUGCCCACGGCCUGCUGGCAGCCGGGCCGCCCAGCUCGCUGCUCCCCUGGCUGUAGUCUGAAGAGCUGGCAGCCUGUGAGUGGCCCUGCUGCCCCCAGCGGCCCCGCAGAGCUGAGGACUGUUGGAGAGGCGCGGGGCUCUGCGCCCUGGAGAUGCCCUGGGAUGCGGUGGGCUCUGCGGCUGAGGCUCUCUGACCUCUUGGAUGGGGCCACACUGGUGGUUAAUGCUCCUCGCUGCCCCUACCCGGGUUCCAUUCGGAGUUCUGUGGCUCAUGCUGCCCUUCUUACUGUCCCUGUGCCUCGUGCCGGUGUGCAGGGGGCUGGAGCUGCCGCCCUCAGCAUCGUGCUGUGGCGCAGCGUUGGCUGCGUGUUGCUCAGCCUGCUUCCCCCUCUGGGUGUCCCUCUGUCACUCUGUGUGGGAGCAGUGAGCCGAGGGAAGGCCGGGCCCGGUGCACCUGCAUGAGGCCACGGCCCUGGGGCUGCCAGCAGUGUGGGGGGCGGGGGGCAGCUGUGGGGAAGUGCUGCUGCGUCCUGCUGCUCCACAGCAUCGGGUGGGCUGUGUUGGAAGGGCCCCGUGGGCAUCGAGUUCCACCCUGCUGCACUGGGCUGCGGGAGGAGCUCCCUGCUGCCGUGCGGCACCGCGGGACGUCGCUCUGAGGGUGUUUCAUUCCUUGUCCUGUGGCUUUUCUACCUGAAUCGUCCCCAAACCCCAAAUCUGCAAACUGAAGAAAGGAAGCAGUGGCAUCCAGUUUGAACUGUGCUCCGGGACCAUGGGGAGCGAGGGCAUUUGAUGUGCGCUGAGGACAGGAGAGCAGAACAAAGACAUCUUCUCACUUCCAUGUUCUUUUCAUCAAAACAUCCAACGGAGAUUUCUAAAGAGGUUGAGGAGAGAACGCAGAGCUGCCGUGCUGUGAGCACUGCGCUGGAGCCUAAAGGACGUCCGGUAGUGCAGAACUCAGAGCACUCUGCAUUUCUGUUCGCCAUGAAUACAUUACCUGCCGUCCUGCAUUUGGCAGCCAGCCCUCAGAGCUGAUUCUUUUGCACACGCUGAGAUCACCCUCCCCUUGUUUCCACAUGGCUGACCUGAACAAAGCCGGUGCUCCUGCAGCAGGAGCCGUUCCACCCACCAGGGCUCCCCCAACGUCAGCGCAGCUGGGGGUUGCACUGCAGGCAGCGCCUCAGCAGCGGGGAGUUGUGCAGCCACAGCAGGGGAGGCUGCAGGAGGGGCAGAGUGGGAAAUCCCUGCUGGAUUUCUUCCGUCCCAGCAGGGAGCGCUGAGCUCGGCAGAGGUGGGCCCUCCUGAAGCCCCCUGUGGAGGAGCUGUUUGCUCCUCACCCAGCCCAGCUGCAGCUCCUCAGGCUGUGUCACAGAGCUGAGCCACAUCUUGGUGCUUUCGGGGACCGUGCGGCCCGCUGGGGUCGGUCACAGCAGGGCUGGCGUGGCAGCUGCAGCCCGGAGAAAUGUGCUCAGGGUUCACAUUCCAGAGGUGUCGAGUGCUGGCUCACCAAAUGGCCGGCAGCUCAUCUGUCCGUGUUUUUCCAUUUGGUAAAUGCUCUGAUCUCACAGAGGAGAUGUUUGUGAGGCCCUGGGAACACAGAACAAUGCACAUCCGAGAAAAACAGCACGAGGAAAUGAGGAAUUCUGUGUUCAUUUCGGGGGUUUGGAGCCGUGUGAGAGUAUGGAAGAAAAGGAGAAGAAUCAGCCGUUAGUCAGUAAGAAUUGGGUGGUUUGGCAGCGUCUGUAAGAACUGGAUGUAAACAUGAUCUUAUCUGCAGCCUCUGAGUGAGUGCUGGCGGGGAUCUGAGGUUGGCACAGACGGGCAUCUCUGCUGCUUGUGUAGCGUCAGUCAGGGCAGCAGGGUGGCAGCAGGGAUUUCACGCGCAGGACGGGGCGGCGCUGAUGAGAGGAGCGCUGGGAGCCGAUGGCCGCCGUGUGCGCGGCUCCUGCGUCUGCUUCACGCAGCGGAGCUCCUGGCGCGGCUCGGGAUCUCCUCCGUGGGACUGGGGCUGCCUGCUCCUCACCGAGCAGGAGAGGCAUUUCAGGCUUCGUCUGAGCCUCGUGUCUGUCUGCGGCCCCUGCCAGAAACCGGAGAUAAACAGGAUGAGCUCAGCGGUGCCGCUCCCAGAGGACGGCAGGAUGAGAGGCCGCCUUGUUUUCACGCGCCUCGCGCGGCCGGCGGCACAGGGCUGGGGGGGAGCGUUGCUCCGGGCCGGCAGGGAGCGUCCAGGGCUGCCGUGAGCAGCAGGCGGCGCUUCCUGCGAUGGGCGGCGGCCGGGAGCUCGGGGUGCAGCGGGCCCAGGGGAGCUUGCAGAGCUUGCAGAGCUUGCGCGGUCCUUGUGAAAAACGAAGCUCGUCCUCGAGCGGGACGGCUCUGCAAGUAAGUAGGGACGGUGCGUACUGCGGUCCCGUCCCACGGUGUGCCGGGGUGCGGCGCUCCUGCCCUGUUGUCGCUCCUGCCUGCUGUGAGCAGCCGGCGCUGUGCUGCUCUGUGCUCUGUCACGGGGCUGCGCUGGGAUGCGCUGCGGUGCUGCCGAGCUGCUGCCCGUGCUGAAGUUGCUCUCGGGGGCAGCUCUGCCUCCUGCCCGCGUGGAGGCGCUCCGUCCGGCUGCACGGCGCCCCCUGCGCGCACGCCGGUGGAUGUCCUGUGGUGUUUCCGGGCUGUGGGGGCAGCAGACCGGACCUGUGGGGCUCACUGCCUGCUCACGGCACCCGCGGUCCUGCGGCGCCAUCCAGAGCUGCGCUGCCAUCCAGAGCUGCGCUGCCAUCCGGUGCUGCGCUGCCAUCCGGUGCUGCGCUGCCAUCCGGUGCUGCGUUGCCGUCCCGGGCUGCGCUUCCUGCCCCUUCCUGAGAGCCCGGCUCCCUGCGCGGUGCGGCAGGAGGCGGCGCUGCGGGAGCGCCGAGCCGAGCGCUGGGAUCGGUGCUCCUGAUGUCGCUGCCCUGUCACGCGUCCCACCAGGGAGGACAGAUCCCAUCCCAAUUGUCGUCAAGUACGAUGUCAUGGGCAUGGGGCGCAUGGAGAUGGAGCUCGACUACGCCGAAGAUGCCACUGAGCGGAGGCGUGUAUUGGAGGUGGAGAAAGAAGAUACCGAGGAGCUGAGGCAGAAAUACAAGGAUUAUGUGGAUAAGGAGAAGGCGAUUGCCAAGGCUUUGGAAGACCUCAGAGCCAACUUCUACUGCGAGCUCUGCGACAAGCAGUACCAGAAGCACCAGGAGUUUGACAACCACAUCAACUCCUACGACCACGCUCACAAGCAGAGGUUGAAAGAUCUCAAGCAAAGGGAGUUUGCUCGUAACGUCUCCUCAAGAUCGCGGAAGGAUGAAAGGAAGCAGGAGCGGGCCCUGCGGCGCCUGCACGAGCUGGCCGAGCAGCGGAGGCAGCCGGAGUGCGCUCCGGGAAGCGGCCCCAUGUUCAGAACCACGACUGUGGCUGUGGACGAGGAAGGGGGGGACGACGACGACGCUGCGGCCAACAGCGGCUCGUUCCCCCAGACGUCGGGCCUGGGCGGGGAGAUGGGCGCAGACAGGGGUUUCCUAAACGUGGGGCACAUGGGGGGCAGCGCCGGGCCGGGCCAGGCAGCCCUGCAGGCAGCACAGGCUGUCAGCUUUGGCAUUAAGGGCGCGCCGGGAGCCCCGCUGCAGAAGAUCGGCGUGUCGUUCUCCUUUGCCAAGAAGACUCCGGUGAAGCUGGAGACCAUCGCUUCGGUUUUCAAGGACCACGUGGACGAAUCGAGUUCUGCAGAUGGGGCGAAAGCUGAUGAGAAAGGCUCCUCGGAUGGAGGGGGCCUGCAGAAAGCCGGAGAGGGUGAAAGCACAAACAGUUCUGACGGCAAGGCGGAGGACGACGACCACGACAAGGACAGCGGCUCCCUGGCCACCACGCUGUCUAAACUGAAAAAGAUGAGGCGGGAGGACGGACCGACGGCGGUGGAGCCGGAGUACUACCAUUACAUCCCCCCGGCCCACUGCAAAGUGAAGCCCAACUUCCAGUUCCUGCUUUUCAUGAAGUCCACAGAACAAACGGAAGCUGAAAACGUGAACAAAAAAACGGCAAACGAAGUCAGAAAGGGAAAUUCCCCUAAACCCAAACCCGGCAAGCACGUGGAGAAGGCAGCCGAGAGCACGGCCCCGCCGAAGGAGCAGAGUGCUGCCGAAAGCGGCGCUCAGCAGGGCGAGGAGGAGCAGAAGGAAGGCCCAGGAGACGUCGGCGCGCAGGAGAGCGAGAGCCUGGCAGAGAGCGGCCUGCCUGAGCCCAGCAGCGCUGCACAGCCUGCCCCCAGCUGUAGGGACGCCCCAGAGGGGCCCAGGCCGCCGCCGGGGCCCUUCAUCCCGGUCCUGAGUAAGGAUGAGAGCACCACUCUGCAGUGGCCUUCGGAGCUCCUCAUCUUUACCAAAGCGGAGCCGUCCGUCUCCUACAGCUGCAAUCCUCUGUACUUCGACUUCAAGCUCUCCCGCAACAAAGACGCAAAAGGGAAAGCGGCCGAGAAGCCCAAGGAUCCGGGCGGGCUGUGCAGGGAGAGCAUCCAGAGCACCGAGUUUGGAGAGGUGAGCAGAGCCAAGGAGGCGGACGGCAGCGCCGACGGCUCUGGGGGGGCGGAGAGCGGGUCGGUGUCCCAGGGCAAGGAGGGCUGCCUGCAGGGCGAGGGCGACGAGAGCGGGAGGAGCGGAAGCGGCCGGGGGAAGGCUGGCAAAUCCCACAAGCACAAGAAGAAAAAGAAGCACAAAAAGUCCAGCAGGCACAAACGCAAACACAAGGAGGAGCCCGAGGAAAAGAGCUGCAAAACGGACCCGGGUGAGGAGAAACCCAGGAAACGGAGACGGCGCCGGCACAAGAAGGUGAAAUCCUCUCUUUCCACCGAGUCGGAGCGGGCGCUGAAGGCGGAGCUGUGCGAGGAGCGCGGCCACUUGCAGAAGAAGAAGCGCCGCUCGCAGGAGUCGCAGAGGAAAUCUCUGUCGGCGGAGGAGGGCAGCAGCGGGAAGAAGGAGGACAGCGGCGCCUCGCGCCCCGAGCACGGCGCCAAGAAGCGCAGGGCUGCAUGCCGCCGGUGCCCGGGGCCGCGCCGCAGCCGGCGGAGCAGCGGGGACGAGGACGACAGCGACGAGGGCUCUGGCGGCGCGCGCUCGCAGUACAGCGACGACUACGGGUCGGGCAGCGAGCGCUCGCAGAGCCGCUCGGCGUCGGGGCGCGGGCGCUCGUCGCGGCGCUCCUACUCCAGCAGCUCCGGCGCUUCGUCCGACCGCAGCCGCUACAGCCGCCGCCGCAGCUACUCCGACAGCUACAGCGACUACAGCGCGCGGUCGCGGUGCUCCAAGCGCUCGCGGGACUCGGAGGACGACUCCGACUACGGCAGGUCGAAGCGGCGUAAGUACUCGUCCUCUGAAGACUACAGCUCGAGCCGGAGCAGGUCGAGGAGCCGCAGCGGGAGGUCGAGGACGCGCAGCCGGGGCCGGACGCGGAGCAGCAGCUGCAGCCGCGGUCGCGGCAAGAGGAGGAGCCGCAGCGUGACGGGGCGCAGCUGGAAGCGCAGCCGCAGCUACAGCCGGGGGCGCAGCAGCAGGAGCCGCUCGCAGCGCUCGCUGUCCAGGAAAGGCUCCCGCGGCCACGAGAGCCCCGAGGAGAGGAGGCCGGGGAGGAGGGACUUCAUCAGGUCCAAGAUCUACCGCUCGCAGUCGCCGCACUACUUCCGAGCGGCGCGAGGCGAGGGGGCCGCGAAGAGAGAGGACGGCAGAGGGGAGGAGCCCCGGGGCUCCCAGAGCAGCGGCUCGGGCGCCGGCCGCGCCUCGGAGGGCGACUGCAGCCCCGAAGAGCGGAACUCCGUCACCGCCAAGCUGCUCCUGGAGAAGGUCCAGUCCCGGAAGGUGGAGAAGAAGCCCUGCGUCGCCGAUGAGAUGCUGGCGGGGGCCGGCAAGGUGGGCAUCAAGCUCAAAGACCCCCCGCAGGGCUACUUCGGCCCCAAGCUCCCUCCCUCUCUGGGCAACAAACCCGUGCUGCCCUUGAUCGGGAAACUGCCGACCGUGCGGAAGCCCAGCGCCAGGCGGUACGAGGAGUGCGGGAUGGAGAGGGGCGAGGAGCUGUCGGAUUCCGAGGGGGCGGAGGAGGCGCCGCUGGGCGGGCAGCCGCUGCUGGGGGACGCGGCGAUGGGGCUGCAGGACGCGGCUCCGGAGGAGCGGAAGCGCGAGGAGGAGAUGCCCUCCGCUCCCCUGGAAGCGCCGGCGCUGCCCGAGUGCUUCGGCUCCGGGGACCUGGUGCUGCCCCACUCCUUCCUCGCGGCCCCGGCUGACGGUGAGGCGCUGGAGCCCGUGGACGGGGGCGGCCAGGCCGUGAUGCCGCUGGUCCCCGACGUGGAGCACUUCCCCGGCUUCGUGCCGCAGGGCGGCGAGCCCGGCAUGGAGGGGGACCGCGACGGGGGGGAGGACGCCUCGCUCGCGCCGCUGGAGAGCCAGCCCAUCACCUUCACACCCGAGGAGAUGGAGAAGUACAGCAAGCUGCAGCAGGCGGCCCAGCAGCACAUCCAGCAGCAGCUCCUGGCCAAGCAGGUCAAGGCUUUCCCCGCCUCGGCCGCGCUGGCCCCCGCGGCGCCCGCCCUGCAGCCCAUCCACAUCCCGCAGCCGGCGGCCGCCUCGGCCACGUCCAUCACCACGGUGCAGCACGCCAUCCUGCAGCACCACGCCGCCGCUGCCGCCGCCGCCAUCGGCAUCCACCCGCACCCCCACCCGCAGCCCCUGGCCCAGGUGCACCACAUCCCGCAGCCCCACCUGACGCCCAUCUCCCUGUCCCACCUCACCCACUCCAUCAUCCCGGGACACCCCGCCACCUUCCUCGCCAGCCACCCCAUUCACAUCAUUCCGGCCUCGGCCAUCCACCCGGGCCCCUUCACCUUCCACCCGGUGCCCCACGCUCUCUACCCGACGCUCCUCGCCCCGCGUCCCGCCGCCGCCGCCGCCGCCACGGCGCUGCACCUCCACCCUUUGCUGCACCCCAUCUUCUCAGGGCAGGACUUGCAGCACCCCCCGAGCCACGGCACCUGAGGGG